CCAACUGGAGCUUUAUUUUUUCCCUCUACUCUCAUUUCUAGGCCUAAAAUCAGGUUAGCGUUUUAUAAGGAGCUUAGCGCAGAGGGCCACAGUGUGCCACUAAUGUAAUAGAGUAUCCCUCCCUCUCCCUCUCUCACACAUUCUCAUCUGUCCUCUUUUCGCUAUGUGCAUUUGCUUAUCCUGUCAUGCAGUGACCUUCUCCCUCUCUUUCUUUCUUUUCUCCCCGCCUGUUUUCCCACGUCUCCUUUGCCUCUAAAUCUACAGAUGUUACAACGUAAGCCGGAGGUUUAAACAUUAGAGCUGUGACACAGCUGAGAGCUCCGUGUGGAGAGGGGGACAAACUGGAGGGAGAGAAAGAGAGGUGCUGGCUUUGUCAUCUGGUUCAAACCAAUGGAGUCUUUCUUUGGACAUACAGAAGAAAGCACAGAGGAUGCUUCAGGGCGUAAAAAGUCCAGGAUCAAGUCUUUGAAAACUCGCCUCUUCGGGAGAAGUAAGGGAGCAAGUGCAGAGGGGAAUACCAAACUCAGCCAGUCAGCCAGUGACAUAACUGUUGGAAAAGGACUGGGAUCUGUUGAAGAUUUGGCAUGUCCCCAGGGAAUGAUGGGAUCGCGAGCAUUGUCCCAUGACAGCAUCUUUCUAGCAGAUCAGGUCCUGACAGACACCGAACCAACCAGGGUUUUAUCCCAAGAAAAUGUUCACAGCAAGAUUAAGGCUCUGCAGGUGAAACUUCAGCUUCAGAAACUGCAUUUCGGUCCACCACCUAUGGUUCUGCCAGCCAGACAUACAGAGGAACUGGAAAGCCAUUCAGAAGACAGCCUUUUCCACAUUUCAGAUGAUACAUCAACAGAGGGAAUCCUCAACAGGACAACAUCUCAGCCAGCUUCUAGUGCACUGUCACCCAUCCCCAAAUCUGCACCAACCAAAUCUCUGCCCCAAACUCCAUUGCAUCCAUUGUCUUUUCCCACCCAGCCAAAUUCUUCUGCUUCUACUGUUGAGGCACCAUUAGACUUUAGUACACCAGCCCAGUUCACUGCCUCUUUAGAUAUUUCUGCUGCACGCCACCGAAUGUCUGUCAAACCCAGAAAUCAGAGGGCCAGCACUAAGAAGAAGGUCUCCUCGCUGAGUCAAUCUGAGUCUCCUUUAAACACCCUAAACAACAUCAGUGUCCCUGAGCCUGUAAAAGAGCAAGAGCAGCUUGCUGCUCAAAAGGAAGAAACAGUGGAGGCAGAAAAAGAAGUAGUCGACAUUCCCCAGCACCUUCCAUCAAAAUCUGCAGAGGUGUCGCCAGUCUCAGCAGGGGAAGCACCUGAACUUUCCAGCCAAAGUUUUUCCCAAAAGAACCACAAUCUUCCUGGGACAGGCACGUCUCAGGUGCUGAGAGCUAGGUCUCAAAGACAUGUGGCUACAGCAUCCAGUGGACGACCACACUCAUCCUUCAUAGAGUCAGAAAUGAGUGAAAAAAGAGAAGCAUUUUUAGAGAAACAAGAUAUGCCCUACAAUAAGAGAAGUAGUCUUAAGAAGACUGGAAUGACUGAAAUCUCCUCUGAACAGUUACCCCGUACCUCCAGGUCCUAUUCUGCUAACCAGCAGCUUCAUGGUGAGGGUGAAACCACAAGAGGACCUCGAUCAGGGAGUUUUGUAGGAGUGCCGGAAGAGAUUGAAGCCACGCGUAAGACUUUUGAGGGAAAAGAAGAGAAAAACAUAAGGGAAAAGGAGGAACUUAAAAGUGUACAACCUAGGGGUAACCCAUGUUUUGUGCCACCAAAAAGCUCUGCCAUUCCAUGGGACAGGAAGGACAGCCUCAAAAAGACAGAAUUUGCAACAGCAUCCAAAAAUGUACCCACCGAUGUAGGCGCUUUAAAAGCAGAGGAGUUGGAUAGCAGACAGGAGCUGGUUGAGGAGGCAGAGGCCAGGGAAGUUCAGGAGGAGCAAGGAAAGACAACAUUUGGGAUUAAACUGCGUGCCACAUCUCAGUCGCUGAAAUUGCGGUCUGAAACAGCUUCUAACCAUCAUUCAAAGACAAGUCUGUGUGAGGACCAAAGUGACAAACAGAAAAAACAGGAAAUAAGUGACAGUGCCAGUCGGAUGUCUGAAAAGCUGCCAGCAAACACAUCGUCAGCACCCAGACCAGAUCCAAUCACGUGUGGCAUCUUCCCUCCAGCAAAGCUUAACACUCCACCUUCCAACCCCGUGCUCACUGAAGUCCAAAAGACCUCCUCCAUCCCCAAAGAAGCAGAAACCACACCUCAGGAGUCUGAGCCUAGCCCCCAAAAGUCAUCAUCUGAGGUGUCCUGGAUGAGUCUGGCAAUGGAAAAAACCAGAAGCCUCCAACAGCUUUUCAGUAGCAGAUUUCCCAGAGAUUUUACAGGCGUGCAAACCCCUGCUCAGCCACAAACACAAGUACCACCUACAGGUCAAACGGAGAUGGCUGGGACGUUGCAGGCUGUUAAACCAUCAACAGUGGCAAUGCAACAGAAAACAACAGUGUUACCUCCUGUUCAGUCAGGUACACCUAGAGAAUCACAAAUGUCUAAACAAACCAAUGAAAGCCUGUUGCUUCCCCGCACAACUCAUUCUGCAUCUCAUCCAGUUGUUGAGACCAUUCCAUGGACAGCUCAGUCUCCCCUGCGGUCCUCUUCACAAACAGCAUCCACAUCACAGCCUCUUGCCCAGAAUUAUCAUUCCUCAGGCCGGCAACAACCUUCCUGGAACAAUCGAGGCUUCCAGACUGGCCCCCAGCUCAAGUCCACAACUUCAGCUUCAGUCUCAUCAGCUGCAGUAGCUACUUCAGAUUCAGCUUCAGGAAAAGGAGAACGCGAAUCCACAGUACAAAAAGAUGGCCCCUCUCCUUCUAUCGUAAGAGCAGAUCGGACUGGUUCGGUGGUCGACAGGGCUGCAUUUCUGGAGAAAAGGGCAGAAUGGGGAGCUUCACCUUUAAUCAAGGGGGUGGAAUUGAGGAAAGUUCAAACAGAGGUCCAGACAUCAGAUGACCACCUCUCUCCUGCAAAAAACACACUGACAAGCAAAAAAUCAUUGGCAGACGGAAGACAAGGGACAAAAUCUGCAGAAUCAAGUCCCACAAAAAUUCCAGAAAAGCCGCUCGAGGUUAAAUGGUUGCGUAAAAAUGUGGGGUCUUCUUCAUCGCCUUCAUCGUCACCCAUACAGCUGCAAUCCAUGUCGGAGAGCAGUCAGCCCUCUUGGAUGGAAAUGGCAAAGAGGAAGUCAAUGGCUUGGAGCGAUAAGACUAUGGACUAAGAAGGAAAACAGAGUGAACAAUUCAGGGUUUGGGAACAAAACCACAGAUGACCCCAACAGCAGGCUUGACACUACCAAACACUACCUUUAUUGAGGUUAAUAUAUUGAAUGUAGAGACUGUCAGAGAUCUGCUGAUUCAACUCUCUGGUAAAUUUUAAGCUGGCUUUGCUUUUGUUUAAUUGUAAAGUAUUCAUUUAUUGAGAAAGACAGGAAGAGUAUUUGCAGUAUUUACUGAAAAUUCCACUUCAAUAUAAAGUUUCUUAAUGUUUAAUGUAAUUUUGCCUUUUACUGAUGUAAAGACUUUAAAGAAAAAAUAGAUAUAAAUUUUGUUGUCAUGCAUCUUAAAAAUGAACAAGAAAAUAUAUAUAUAUAUUACAAUACUUUAAUGUUUAAUUUUAUCCCCUUAAAUGGUGUGGAAGUGUGAAAGACCGCUAGAUAUCCAGAGAAUGUGGAUUAAGAAUGAAGUAAGAAGAACAAAGUCUGAAUCUCUGAUUGCUUAAUCUACCAUUGUUGUCUCAGGAAACUCAGUUUUACUUAUUUGGUCUACAGCGCCACCUGCAGGUCAAAUCUAAGCAUUGCCCCAGUAUUAUUGUAAAUAAGGCAUUUGCUCUCUUGAUCUGAAACCUACUGUACAGCCUUUUUCCAAAAUAGAAACUCAGGAAUAAAUAAGAUAAUUUACAGAUAAAGAUGCAAUCAUGAAAUAUUGAAAUUAGCCAUACAGAAAAGAUUUUGGGCAUAAAAGUUGUUACAACAUGAAAUGGAAACUGAACAUAGAAAGUAAAUAAGAUCGUACAACCCGAAGCACAGCAGCUAGCAGUGAAAGACUUCCUCGAAAGUCAUGUUUAAUCCACGUUUUCACAGCUACAGCCAAUAAAGUUAAUUUGAAAAAUGAAAUCCAUGCACCACCCAAAGACUUACACUGUUAUUGCAAGGGCAGGGAAUGAAGUGGGACAAAACACAAGUGGUGAAUAUUAAGAUUUCUCUGUGCAUUCAGUUUGUGUGGUACUUAAAAGACCUGUAGGUCUUCUGUGUGUGUGUAGAAAAACCCAUUAAAAUA